UUUUUUCUUUUUUUUUUUUUUUUUUUCCAGAACGUCAACGAAGGCAAAAAGAAUUCCAAAGAAUGCAGGUUUGCCCCAGUUUGACGGUAAGGGAAAAGGCGACACAACCUAGGAAGGAUUGCAAAGUGAUCCACUAAUCAGAGGGCUUCGGCCCGUUCAAGUACGUGGUCAUUACUGACCAGUCAGGGUAAUGGUGGCUUGCGUGUACAUAACUCUUAACCCGCGUGGUCCUUUCGUUGGCAGGGACAUCGGCGAAUACCACAGGGUUCCCAUCGCGCUUAGUGUUACGCCCCACUUCCACUCUCACGCACCACACAUGAGGGCAGCCAACGUGUGUUUUGCUCGGGAUCAUGAGACGAAAGCGAGUUUCCUAUUUCCCAUUUUCUCAUUAUGUCUUGGCAUUUAUCCAUGGGCUCGGACUUGGGCUUCUAACUUCGUUGGGCAAGACAUGUCAAGUAGUUAAUCAUUGACUAUCAUUAUCGACUUUCUACUACAAAGCAUAGAUUUAUACUAUGCUAUUCCCCAUCCCAUGAGGUAAAACGGAUUGCGUGUCGAGAUGCCGUUCUCAAGGAAUAAAAUGAAUCCCACCAAUGGAAGCCUGGUGGGCCAUCUCCUACACAGAAGCAAAGAUCUGCCAUCCCUUGCAAUGGAUAAUAGGAUAUCCCUCACAAUCUUUUAACUAAAGCCGAACAUCGUACACAAAAAACGUCAUAGGUAAUUUGAAGUCGUCCCUGUUCAUCUGCAGAUCACUCAGCCCAGUCCCAAAUAAGAACAUGAGGGUGAGCCACCAGACCAACCCUAAUAAAAGAAAGAUAAGUUAGUUUAUUUGUUUCAAGUGGCAACUGAGUCAGAACUCGGGAAAGUCUCAUCCUUUUCCCGUAGGCAGUUGCAAACCUCGGGCAUCCCGUUUCUUCCCGCUUCCAGUCUCGUCAGAAGAUAAAAGCCACAGGGCUCAGUGCGGUCAGAUGCGGUGAAAAUUUUUGGAUUCUAGAACAUCCAUGGAAGCCUUCUAGUCGCCCAACGCCACAUCGAUAGUUGUUUAUUGUAGCUUUUCUGUGUAACUGUACAUUUAAAGUUACUUAUUGUCAUA